AUGGUCGUACCAUACAUUCCUGAAGCUCCAUCAGCAAAAGACGCUGGUGAAUGGGGGCUUGGACUCGCAAACUCUGCUGAAAUGCCAGUCCCAGUUAAACUUCACGUGACUGGCAAUCUACCUGAAUGGCUGGCUGGUCAACUGUUCCGAGCUGGGCCUUCCAAAUUCGAAAUCCCAUUGACCAAGGACAUUCAAGCUAAAACUGGCAAGAAAACAUACUCGAUUCACCAUUGGUUUGAUGGCAUGUCAGUAAUCCAUCGCUUCGAUAUCCGCACAGACGGAUCAGUCUGGUACUCUUCUCGCGCUACUGCAAACGGCGAAGAAGCAGCCAUUUCCGAAUCUGGAAUCUCUGGUGUCGCUUUCGCCCAACGUGAUAUCUGUCGAAGUCUCUUCAAGAAGGUCUUUACGACGUUCACGGCACUGACAGGGAUUGCACGACCUGCGUCUUCUGGGAAACCUGAUUCUGCAAAUGUGGGCGUUACAGUCUCGCUAAACUACCCACUAGCCAAAUCAGCCCGAAAAUCAACCAGCACGGGCAACGAACCAUUAACGCUACUCGUCAAAACUGAUGCCAACAUAUUGCAAGAAUUGGAUCCAGUCACGCUGGAACCUGUGCGAGUUUUCAACUAUACGGAGAUCAAUCCGGCUUUUCCUGGUGCAUUGUCUGCUGCUCAUCAUCAGUUUGAUGCUAGCACCCGUGAAUACUACAACUACACAAUCGAAUUCGGACCAAAAACUAAAUUCCACUUAUUCACCAUCUCGGAAGCUAACCCCAAGGGACGUUUGCUUGUGACAAUCAACAAUUGUAUUCCUGCAUAUGUGCAUUCGUUUACUCUUACCGACAAAUACAUCGUAAUCCCAUUUUACCCGUACUCGGUAUCAAUCGGCGGCGUGUCUGUCCUGUGGCACCAAAACGUUUUGGACUCGCUGGUUUGGGACGGAUCAAAGGAAACACGGCUAGCUGUCGUUGAUCGAAAGAGUGGUGCUCACGUUGCUACAUACGUGACAGACUCAUUCUUCGCUUUCCACACAAUCAAUGCAUGGGAUGCGGGUGACGAUAUCAUCUUUGACACAUGUGGGGUAGACGACGCAACCCUCGUAACGGACUUUUACUUAAACAACAUGCGCAAGAAGGGUGGUCUCACUAAAUUCCCUCGAGUGCGUCGCUACGUCUUGAGCAACUUGAGUCAGGCUAUCAAAACUCAUGAUCCUAAUGAUGCGACCUUGACGCCAUCUGCAGCAUCAAAGGCACCAAAGGCUUCUUUCACGAUCAUAUCAACAGUCGGCGUCGAACUCCCACGCUUCAACCCGCACUACCACCGCAAGCCAUACCAAUACGUAUACGGCAUCUCUACCAAAUCGGAUUUCAUCGACGCGUUAUGUAAAGUGGAUGUUACAGGUGUUGACGCCGCCAAAGUAUGGUCUGAACCACACUGCUAUCCAGGCGAACCAGUGUUCAUGCCUUCACCAAAUGCCACGGCUGAAGAUGAUGGAGUUAUAUUGAGUGUGGUGUUGGAUGCUAGUAAAGGGAGCUCGUUCUUGCUGGUGCUGGAUGCACAUACGUUUGUGGAGGUUGCGAGAGCUGGGUUUGAAAAGGACCAUGUAAUACCGUUUGGCUUUCAUGGGGCGUUCAACAGCGUUGGAAAAUAG